AUGGCGCUGGAAAAGAAGAUCACAGAAGUGAAGAAACAGAUCUUAAGUGCCACAUCUUUGAAGGAGACUUUUGUUCGGAAGCCUUUAAGCCACCAGCAAAAAAAAGGAAGCACCAACCGAACGACAUUUAACCAUCAAACAUUUCAAUCGGCGCCUGGCAGUCGCUUGACUUCUGACUGGUUUAUUGAGUGCAGGCGCAGACCCAGCAGUAAAGACGGCUACCCAGAGGUGAUUUCCGUGAACGUGAAACGAGAACAGCAGAAGAUCUACCGGAGAGGAGCAGCCAAUAGAAAAUACCCAACGGAAUGGAAAAAAUGCUAGGCCAGGCCGUUUGUCGAGCGUUGACAAUUUGACGCUGACGCCACGGAAGAGAAUCUAAGAGUCUGCUUUGCACACGCAUUCGUUUCCCCGCCAGCCCCU